CCCAAUCCAACAUUACAAAGAAGAAGACUCACCUAUUCAAGAUAUAGGAAAAAAAUAACAACAAAAGCAAAGUGAAAACUCGCAGUGGGAGGAAUUAAAAUGGUGAUCUAAAGUGUUGUGAAACACAUUGAAACCUUAGAGUCUGAUUCCAGUAUUCCAAGACGCUUGCACAAAUACUCAGGACAAUAGCCAAUUGGCCCAAAUGGCAUGUUCAAAUCAAAUGACAGAUAUCGAGCUGGAGGAAUGGCAAAAGAACCAAUUCGAUCGAUGUCUGGUGGAGAAUGCGAUAAACAAACUAAUCGAGACGUACGGCAUCCUCAACCAGACCGCCGACAAUCGGACAUAUAACGAGCGCUCCCAGAACUUGGAGGAGUCAGCGAUUCUUAUGGCCAUCAGUGAGCACGGACUGCAUCAGAACAAUGCUUUGCUGUUCCUGCCGGAACCGGAGCGGGAAGGGCAGCAGUCACACUACUACGACAUGUGUGGGCCAUCACGCGCUGCGGUGGAACCCCUGCCCUACGCUGACGAUAGGGGCACCACCGCACAACCCGAAUAUUCAGACGAGAGCAGUUCGAAUAACGACACUACUCACAUUCUCGAGGCUGCCGUCUCGCUUGCCAUCCAGAAGCAGGGGCUGGGCCUGUCUGGGCUGAACAGAUGAUGACCUGGCCGUGGGCGUCGUGUACUGAGUUGCGUUGCUGGCAGCUAAUUCGGUCGUAUCGAAUCUCCCCCGUGCGGUUCUAAAAUGUUUCUAGUGUUAACGGACUUUCAUUUACGUAAAUAUCAGACCUUCGUUGUAUUAUAUUAUCUGAUAGCGUUAGGAUGGGAUCGAAUUUCACGAUCGGAGUCGGAUUACUUUAAUUUAAAUGAAAUGUUUAAUUGUAAGAUUUUUCUAACAGAGAAAUAAAUUAACGUAAGUA